UCCAAAUAAUUAUUCUACCAAUUACUUAAUACUAACAAACAUGGUCCCUCCUUCUAACUUCUUCCUUUCAUAUAUAAAAUUAAAUCCAAACAUCAAACCAUUAAAUGACAAGACCAGAUUUCAUUAACUUGAUAUUAGUUGCAGUUGGUUUAAUCAUAGUUUCUAUAUUUACUCUACAAUAGUGAAGAGAAGCUAAGUAUUUUUCUGCUUGACGAGCAAAAUGGAAAGAGAAGGAGAAGUGGUGGUGCGGGGACGUGUAGAGAUUGACACGAGACAGCCUUUUCGAUCUGUGAAGGAGGCAGUCAUGUUAUUCGGAGAAAAGUUUUUGGCUGAACAAAUUUAUGCCAAACAGUUUAAAGAGGUGCAGACCAAGGCAAGUUGUGAACAGAACCAGCCUAAAAUUGAAUUACCAGUGACAAUUGAGCUUGAAGAGACAAAACAAAACCUCCAAAAAUCUAAAGAAGAAGGAACUUUUAUGGCACAUUGUCUUCAAUCUCUAAAAGAAGAGUUAGAACUGACAAAAAGAGAGAUACAACAAUUGAAGACAAGAGAACUGAAGCAGAAAGUAGCGUUAGGCGCAGAUCCUGAGAUUGAAGAGCUCAAAUUCAUCGAAAACGCGUCAACCAAAGUUGAAUUAAGAACACAAUUUCAAGAGUAUGAUGAUGAGAUUGAAUUUCAGAAAAAAAGAUCUGUUAAGUUUGCUAGUACUCCUCUACUUACUAAGAUCAUUAAUGUAGAAACUAGCCCUUCACAACUUAAGAAAAAAUUGAAGAAGAAAUCUUUAAUUCCUUUGUUUGGUGGAUUGUUUUCCAAGAAGAAAGGAAAUCAAGUAAACCAAUAUUCAUGAAAACCUAUUUUAAGUUUUAAAUUUUGUGGCCCUUUUGAAUAAGGAGAAUGGUAGAGGUCUCAAUAAGAUUUUUUACCAUAGCAUUUGGCUGUUAAUCAAAUAAGUUUUCUUCUUAUUAGCGAAUCA